AUGCACGAGUUGGGAGAAGAAGACAUUCAGUCUCUCUAUACCUGGAUUGACAACAUUCACUUAUCACGACCAAAAAAGAAUAUAUCUCGAGACUUUAGUGACGGUGUUGCAUGCGCCGAGGUUGUCAAAUAUUUUAUACCAAAGCUGGUCGACUUGCAUAAUUUCUCGCCUGCAAACUCUGUAUCACAGAAAAUAUACAAUUGGACAACACUCAAUCAAAAAGUAUUUCGCCGACUUGGAUAUUCGACAAAUGAUGAAAUUAUUCAGUGCAUUGUUAGCAAUAAGCCGGGAUACGUCGAGUAUAUAUUAUAUGAGCUGCGCCAAAAGAUCGAUAGGUAUUUGAGUAAGCAAUCCGCUAAAAGUAAUGCAUCUCCUACUGGAUCAAUUUCUCACGAGUCUAAUCAUUCUGAACAUUCACAAUUGGCCAAAGCGAGCCCUUUUACACACAUGGCGAAUUCAUUGUACUGCUCGACUACGGAAAGUGCUCAGCAUUCGCAUGUGGUUUCCAAUCAUCCCCUGUCUGCUACACAGUCUAUGGAUCCUCAAGAAAAUGUCCAGAAUCAAAUUUGGACAAGCCAAGGUAGCAAUAUGUCACACAAAAUAGCUGCCGAGGGCAACACUACAACAGUGAGUGGACAAGGUGAAUGA